AUGAGGAUGGGUUUGUUCUUUUUGGUGAUCACCAUGGCUCUCUGGGGAUUCUCUCUCGGUGCUGUUCACAAGGUCGGUGACUCCGCUGGGUGGAGUCCCGCUGCUGAUUACCAAAAAUGGGCUUCCUCCAACACUUUCCAUGUCGGGGACACUCUAGUUUUCGAGUACAAUAAGCAACUUCACAACGUGAAACAAGUUAAAAGGGAAGAUUUCGAGUCAUGCAAUGCGGCGUCUCCAAUUGCCACAUACACGACAGGAUCCGAUUCGAUUAGUUUGAAAAGCAGCGGAGAUUACUACUACUUCUGUGGUUUCGCAGGUCACUGCCAAGCUGGACAGAAAGUUCAUGUUAAAGUUUAA